AUGCGGGAGAACCGGUGCCCGCGUCUCGAAGGCAACACACGGCCCCGCGCGGCCGACACCUCCCCGCAGCCGCCGCCGCCGCCGGGGGGGGGGGGGGAGUCAGGAAACCGGGUCAGAGCCGGCGGCUCCUCUAGGCCUCGGCGGCCGCCUCGGGUCCGCGCGAGCCCUCAGCACCCGCAGUCGCGUCGUGUCGGGACGAGGCUACGGACCCCCCGCGCUCCGGACGAGGCGCGCCCCUCCCCGCCGCCCCUGCAUGAAAGGGACGCGCUGCGGAGAAGCCUCCGGACGCCCUCUUCUCCUCUACCUCCAGCGGCCGCCGCUUCCUCCUCCCUCCGCUCCGCGGUGGGGGCUCCGGGAGGUCCCGGGCGACUCCGAGCCCGGCGGGGCUGGCUCUGCCCGCGCUCCGGAGCCCCGGCCGGCCGCGUCGCUCCCCAGCUCGCCCCGGCGGCAGCGCUCCUGGGGCCCGGGGCCGCGGAGGGAGCCCGAGCGGCGUCGCCGCCGCCGCCGCUGGUAUGUCAGGGGCCGGGAUUGUAUUUCGAAAGAUCCGCCAUUUUCACCUCGUCAUCACCAUCGCAAGGCGCCCGCCCACAGACCCGGGGAAGCCGCCGGCCCGGCCCGCCAACCUUCAAACGCGCGGAGAGGCCCACGCGCGCUCGCCGAGACCGCCCGCCCCGCGGCGGAAGGGGGUGCUUCUGCGGGCCCGCGGCGGCCGCAGGGAGGUCGAGUCCCGGGCCCGGCUUGUUUCCGAGCAGCAGAGCCACACGGAAGGACAAUGAAGAACCCGAAGUCCCUCGUUCUCAGACAAGCAACUUGAGGCGCGGACCACGGAGCGCGCGACGGACCCUCGGCGCCGGGCAGGACGCCGGCGUCCCCCCGCGGCCGCCCUGCCCCCAGACCCAGUCCGCGGUCGCAGGCCCGGGCGCUCGUGACGACGCGGCCCAAACCCGCCGCGCCUGCGGCUGCCCGUCUGUCGCCGCUCGGAGAUGGGGACGCGCGCUGAGGAGUGCACGGCGGCGAAAGCGCGGAAAACGCGCCUCUGCCCUAAAUCACUCGCCGCGCGUCCGAAGGUCCGUCGGCGGGCGGGACCGGAGCCCGCAAGACGCGUCCGCUCGGGCAGAGCGAGUGGCCCCGCACGAGGGCUCCGCCCGCCGCGCUGUGGCCCCUGGAGGGCACCGGGGCGUUCAUCGUCCCAGGAAGCCCCACGACGCGCGACCAGACGUGCGACAGGACCCGAGUCGGUCCUGUCUGCUGGGUGCGGGGAGCUCUGGCCACGCCGAACCCCCCGCGUUACAGCCCGGGCCCGCCAGCCCGCCCGCGACCGCCGCGCGGGGUUUCACGGCCGAGCACAGGCCUCCACGGUCCUCUGGGCCGGCCGGUGUCCGCGGGGCGAGGUGGCCGCCGGACAGGCCGCCCCACCCCCUCCCCCCUCCGGGGCGACGAGCCCGUCCGGGACCCGGCGGCCCCCCCCGCGCCCGGCCGCUCGGACCCGGCGUCCCGCUCCCCCCGAGGCCCGCGCCCCGAGGCCCGCGGUCCCCCCGUCUCCAAACUUCACUCCGCCCCCGCCAGCUGUUUACCGUUGCUCGGCCAGGCUCAGGGCGGCCCGCCGCCGGCCCCCGGGCACCUCGGGGUCAUUACGACACUGAGCCGGGGGCUUCGCGAGGAAAACGGACGCACACGAAGACGGGAUCAUACAAAGGGCGGAGGAAGAAGGGCGGCGGGCAGCGAGGGAAGCGGGCGCUGGAACGAAAUGACACAGCAGCAGAACCGGUUCCCAGAAACCCGGGGCGACAGUCGGCUUCGCGGGCCACGCAAGGUGCGUGUCAACAGCCGCCGGAACCCUUCCUCCCGCCGGCCGCGAGGGGCGGACGGCCGGGCCAGGGCCGGCCCCGCCGGGUGACAGCCGCCCAGCCGGGCGCCGGCGGGAAGAGGCCGGGCCGGGAGGCUCCCCCCGCCCCCUGCGGCCCGAGGAGGCGGCGCGGCGGCCACCAGCCCGCAGGUUCCCGCUCUCCGCCGCGCCCCGCCGCGCCCCGCCGGCCCGGGCUCCCGCAGGGGGCGGUCCGGCGCCCUCCGCCCGCGCCACCACCCGCAGCGGGGGGCCGGCGUCCCCUGCCCGCUCCCAGCAGCAGCGGCGGCGGCGGCGCCUCCGAGACACAGACCCGGGUUUGUUCAAAAUCACGCGCCCAGCGCCAUUCCACCGCCGCAUCCCAUAAUACGCCGGGCCCUCCCCGCCCGCGCGCCCCUCUCCGCCCGCCCCCUCCUCCGCCGGCCCCGCCCCCCGGCCCGCUUCCUUCGCCCCGCCCCUUCCGCGGCGCCUCGGCCCUCCCUGUGGCAACCCGAGCCUCGCGUGCGUGCGCAGGGCGCGGGAGCACGCUGCGGCCCCACGUGACGCUGCGUCAGAGGCGUCGCCGGGAAGUUCCACCGGCCGAGCUGCGGGGGGAGCCGGCCGCGCCUCGCCUCUGGCUCGCGGCCGGGACGUUCGCGCGGCGGCUGAGCUUCCCGCAGCCCCGCGGGGCGGCUGUGCUGGGGGCAUCGGGCGCGCGAACGCCCUCCCUCCGUCUCGGUUGUCGGGAUCUCUGGGAGCCCGGCGGCCCCGCGGCGUUGCGCUCACCCCGGCGGGGACUUGGCGGUUGGCCGCUGGGACUUCUGGCGUUUCGUCGCCUCCGGUUCCCGCGCUGUCCCUGCUGCGGACGAAGAGGCGACGCCGAGCGCGAGUCGGGGCAGCCGGCGCCGGGGCAGCGACGCGGUGCGGGUCGGGCGACCGGGCGGAGCCGAGUGCAGAGGCCGGCGGGGCCGAAGCGCGUCGUGCGGCCUGCGGUUGCCGGCGUGCGGGACGGAGCCCGGGGCCGCGUCGUCGCGGGGGCGCUUGCUCGGGGGUCAGGCGGCCCGGGUGUUAGGUUGCGGCACCUCGCGCCCGGGCGCAGAGCCGGCUGCCGGCAGAAACCCCGGGACGCUGAGGGCGGCGGGAUUGACAGGUGUCCGCGGCUGCACCUUCCCGCCUGCAGUGUCGCCACGCGUGUGUCCCUGCACACUCGGUGGCAGGGCAGGUGGCGGGAACGAGAGCAGGCCUGGCAGCCAGGGGCUCUGCGGCCGGUGCAGGGAAAGGGAGGAAAUGGAGAGGUGCCCGGCUGUGUUGGGGAUCAGAAGGUGAGUCCGGGUCAUGAGGAGCCUGGCGGGCGAGUGGCCCCUGCUGGUACCAUGGACACCUCCAGGAGACGAGGGAGUUGA